AUGUAUCAAGGCCCUCCGCAACCGCCUCCUCAAAGUGUACCGAUGCCAUACAUUGUGAACAACAACACUCACUAUCCAAAUGGAAAUGUGAGCUUUCCUCCCACCGCGCAGCAAGGUAUACCGCCCACGGCUUAUCCACAGCAAGUACCAUUCCCUAGUCAACCACAGGGUGGUCAAUUUUCACAGGCUUCACCUGACCAGCAAGUUUUUAACCAGCCGCCACAAGUGACUCAACCCUAUCAUAACACUGCGCAGAAUGCCAACGUGACUGGAUGUGCGAAUAGCGGGACAUUACCAGUGUAUACACCGGUGACAUCGUUUCCUCAGCCUAUUGCGCCAGCAGCGACGGCAACUACUCCGUUGCCACAGCAUAUAUCCCAGACAUCUUUACCAAUGCUGCGAGUGCCGUACCACAUAAGAAAAUACUUAUCUAAUUUAGCAAUGUUGAAAUUGUACGAAAUAAUAAACGAUAUUAAUAUGGCAAUGGGGAAGAUUAGUCUGCUUUCAUUUUGGACGGAGCUGAUAUCAGGAAUCUUUACUCCCGAUGCGGUGGUUAGGUAUAGUAAGAAGUCCUUGACAGAUUAUAGAGAAUUUGAGUUUGUCAUCCCAGUGCUUCCCGUCAUUUGCUCUACCUUAGGUAGGUUUGGUAUUGUGAGAAUGGAAAUGAAAGUGUUGCAAUUAAAAACACAGGUGCUAAGUAAUUCUACGAUUUUCUUCAACUGUCCUCGUGUCUCAUUUGUCUACUAUUAUCCUGACGGUUCGUAUGUUACGCAUUUUGCACAGAUGAAGGGCGCAUUCGAUUUGGACUUGAAAAUCAAUUGGCUGGACAUAUCAAUGCAUAGUUUUGUCCCUAAUAUCGAGUGGAAUGCAGUGGAAAGGCUUUUGAGUGAUCAGACCAAGUCGCCAGAAAUCGAGCGAAUACUUUCGAAAUUGAAACAAGAAGACGCCAGUGAUCAAGGGAAUGCCUCCACGGAGAACAAUGGAACGAACAUCCCUCGAAACUUCGAAGUCAUAACUCAACUGAGGUCGUAUUUUGACGUCUUCGGGAACGUCUCCGUAUUCGGCACUCAAGAGGGAUUGAUGAGGGUCAUGCAAAUAAGCACCGUCAUGUCUACCUUGAAAAAUCUCCGAAAGUUCCAAAUCGAACAGAACAUCGAUAGUCCUGUGACUGCCUUGAGUGCGUACGUCGACUCUGGCAAGAAUGACAUUGGGAGCGAGCCUGUGCACACAAAGAGGCGGCGCAACAGUGGCGUUUCCCCUCAUACCACGACGUCGGGACCAGGUAGCAACCUCAAUACGAACAAUGACGAGCUUUCAACCAGCGAUGCGAAUGAAACUAACAACGAUGUGACGAAGAAAAAGAUGAAGUUUUGA